AUGUCUGCACAGUCAGUGGAAGAGGAUUCAAUACUUAUCAUCCCAACUCCAGAUGAAGAGGAAAAAAUUCUGAGAGUGAAGUUGGAGGAGGAUCCUGAUGGCGAAGAGGGGUCAAGUAUCCCCUGGAACCAUCUCCCUGACCCGGAGGUUUUCCGGCAGCGAUUCAGGCAGUUUGGUUACCAGGAUUCACCUGGGCCCCGUGAAGCUGUGAGCCAGCUUCGGGAACUUUGCCGUCUAUGGCUCAGGCCAGAGACACACACAAAAGAACAAAUCUUGGAGCUGGUAGUACUGGAGCAGUUUGUUGCCAUCCUACCCAAGGAGCUACAGACUUGGGUUCGAGAGCAUCAUCCAGAGAAUGGAGAGGAGGCAGUGACGGUGCUGGAGGAUUUAGAGAGUGAAUUGGAUGACCCUGGACAGCCGGUUUCUCUUCGACGACGAAAACGGGAAGUGUUAGUAGAGGAGAUGGUAUCUCAAGAAGAAGCUCAGGGAUUACCAAGUUCUGAGCUCGAUGCAGUGGAAAACCAGCUCAAGUGGGCAUCCUGGGAGCUCCAUUCCCUAAGACACUGUGAUGAUGAUGCUAGGACUGAAAAUGGAGCACUAGCUCCAAAGCAGGAGAUUCCUUCAGCAGUAGAAUCUCAUGAAGUUCCUGGCACUCUCAAUAUAGGUGUUCCUCAAAUUUUUAAAUAUGGAGAAACCUGUUUUCCCAAGGGCAGGUUUGAAAGAAAGAGAAAUCCCUCCCGAAAGAAACAGCAUAUAUGCGAUGAAUGUGGAAAACACUUCAGUCAGGGCUCAGCCCUUAUUCUUCAUCAAAGAAUCCACAGUGGGGAGAAACCCUAUGGAUGUGUUGAGUGUGGGAAAGCAUUCAGCAGGAGUUCUAUCCUUGUGCAACACCAGAGAGUCCAUACUGGAGAGAAACCUUACAAAUGUCUCGAAUGUGGAAAAGCCUUUAGCCAGAAUUCUGGGCUUAUUAAUCACCAGAGAAUCCAUACUGGGGAGAAACCUUAUGAAUGCGUUCAGUGUGGGAAAUCCUAUAGUCAAAGCUCAAAUCUUUUUAGACAUCAGCGAAGACACAAUGCAGAGAAACUUCUCAAUGUUGUGAAAGUUUAA